GUCCUCUAUUUAUCACAAUUUGUUGUUGUUUGGGCGCACUGUUACCGUUCCUUCUCAAAGUUUUGACACAUAACCAUACUACGUGUUAUCAUCCUUUGCUUAUCUCUUAUCUCUGAAAAGAAAACAUACCUGGUUAUUUACACCCUGAAGCUUUUCAUUGACGUAGAACGGUUUGUUUUAACCCCGGAUCCGUUUUCAAGGACCAUGGCCAAGGCUAUCAUACCUCCAAUUUCCAAACUGUGUAAUGGGGUCAUCAGAAUUCUCGGCAUGAAUCCUGGAGUAAUGACAUUACAGGGCACUAAUACCUACCUUCUCGGCGAUGGCAAAAGGCGAAUACUCAUUGACACGGGUGAGGAUGGCAAACCAGAGUACAUUGCUAAUCUUAAAACUGUUCUGGAAGAGGAAGACGUCUCCAUUGAACAUAUCAUUAUCACACACUGGCAUGGAGAUCACAUUGGAGGAGUAAAAGAUAUAUUACAACAUGUUGGGUCAGAUGUACCGGUAUGGAAAUUUCCAAGGACUGAUGCAGAAGAGCAGUGUGGUAUCCCCCUAAAAUUUUUAAAAGAUGGUGAUGAGUUUAAAGUUGAUGACACAGUUUUAAGAGUCUGUCACACUCCCGGCCAUACUACUGAUCAUGUAAUUCUGUUUUCACCAGUCAAUGGACACAUGUUUAGUGGUGAUAAUGUUUUGGGUGAGGGCACUGCUGUUUUUGAGGAUUUAUAUGAGUACAUGAAGUCUUUAAACAGCAUGCUAAAAUUGAAUCCCAUUAAAAUUUUUCCUGGUCACGGCCCAGUAGUUGAGGAUCCAGUUGAAAAGCUGUCAUAUUACAUAAACCAUAGGAAUGCUCGAGAAGCCCAAAUCUUAUCAGUUCUUCAUGAUAAUCCGGAAAAGAAAUUGACUGCUAUGGACAUAGUAAAGAUUAUUUAUGUGGAUGUAAAUGAAAAUCUCCACAAUGCAGCUGCUUUCAAUGUAAACCACCACUUAGAAAAACUGCUGAAGGAAGGAAAGGUAGUGUCACAAGAUGGGAGUUGGGUGUAUCGAAAACAAGAAUGCAACCUUUAGCACGUCCUUACCUUGGAGGUAAGCUAUUUCAUAAUGUUUGUACUGUAUUAGUGUUAAAUAAGAUUAAUUAUUAUUGGUAUCUCAGUUUGAUUGAACAUGUGAAUUCAAAUUCUAUACCUUAUUAUUGUUGCAUACCUAUUUGUUGGUCUUUGGUGUAUAAACUAUAUUUUUGUUAUCUAAUCCUUACGGUUUAGACUCUUUAUUUCUACUUUAUGAAGUAGGAUUCUUUAAAGAACCCAAAGUUCUGGAAAGAUUGCAGUGGGCUGGGAAAUCAACUUAAUACAUCUCUAUUGGUAGAAUUGCACCUUUAGCCCAUUAUGCUGUGGAAAUUGGAAACAGACCUGGUACCUUUUACUAGAGAACUUUGCUUUAAUUCUGGAAACAUGUCACUUCCACUUUCUAAUCAUGUGCAGUUAUGAAUGGUGCCAUGAACUCAACCGAGUAAGGGAACUGUUCCAAUUAAUGUCAUGUACUGAGAGUUAGCAAAAGUACUUUACACAACUUGGUAUAUUUCUGUUAGGUGUCCUGCUCUACAGCAGUACAGCAAUGCCAGCAUUCAAGCCAAUGUAUAUGGUUGUUGGUUGUUGACUAUUUGUCAUAUUCACUUGUACUCCAUUUGGUGAAAUAAGAUCAUUCACUCACAGCUGACAGAUAUAUUUAAUCACUUGAAAAUGUUACAGUACUAUUGUGCGCCUUCUGUAUCUGCAGUAUCAAUCUGAGGAUGUGUUACAUGCAUAUUUAGAGAAAGUGUUAUCUUCUAUGCUUUCUAAAAUCAGUUUCUACAUAGGCUUUGAAACAAAAAGACCGUAUGUCUGCUACCUUUUCCUAUUGUAAUUGCAAAAUCAUUUACUUUUAUUCAAUUAAUUAGGCUAAUGUAAUUGUUACCAUCUUAUUUCUUAACAUCUACAUUUAUUGCUGCACUCCAUUUUACAGAACAAGACGUUCUGAGAAAAAGCAAUCAGAUGAAUUAUGUUCCAAAGAAUAAGAUUUAUGAUUCUCUUUGGUCUGAAGCAUACCCAGCUCUAUGAAAUGGAAUUUGUUUCCUGGUUUUGACAAGGCAAAUAUUUGAGGUCUUCUUUCUUGUCUUAAACAUUGGGUUGUAUGUAUUUCUAGUGAUUGACUUUCGCAUCUCUUUAAAAAUAACUUUGAAAGGGCUAUGUGCCAAUUAAUCACGGUACAUAUUGUAUUUGCUUCUAUUUAUAUGUAUAUCACUGAUACAUUUUCACAUCACCGAAUCAAUUUCAGCUUCUUAUUGCUUGUAACAUUCAACACAUUUCUGCAUGCUCAAGAGGUUUCAAAAUACCUAUUUGUAUGGGUCUCAAUUACCUAGUAUGCAAUAUAUUCUGGAACAGAUCUAUUUUAAAAUUACAUUUUAAAGAAAUUAAAGAGUUCAAGAUUUCUAAUUAAGGAAUGCUUUAUCCUUUCAUUUUGGCACAGGGAUAAAACAGAUAUGUCAGAUGUAAAUUUAUUAGGUAAAUUCAAGUAACAAGAAUAAGAAGAAACUAAUUCCACAUUGACACCUCUAUGUAAUUUACUUCAUUUUUGUACACUGUGUACAACUCUGUGUAUUCUCAGUCAAAGAACAUGGAUGUUAUCAUCACAUUCUGCUUGUAGUGGUGCAAUAGUUUUUGAAAACUUAUCCAUUAGCAAUGUGCGCAAAACUAUUCACUCAUUGCAUGGACUUCUCAGUCAACUGUCUGAAGCCUCAGGGUUUUACCAAAUUCACCUGAGUGUAAGAACGCCCCACUUUAAAUGGCUCAAUUUUUUUUUGAAAAAGUUGGUUCAUGGGAAAUGUCCUCAGAGAGUCCCCUCAAGCACUUCUUUAGGAUUGGUAGUGGUAUAUGUGCUUAAAGACCCCCCUCGGCUUAACCCACCCACACGAGACCAAACCCCAUCCUUUAGAAACAAUUUUUUUGGGGGGAAAAGGUUUUUUAUACUCAGGUGAAUAUGGCACCUCAUUUUCGGUUGUGAUAUUUUUUAGGCCACAAUAAAGCGAUUUUUACCCACUA